CCUUUCGAAAAGGUCUCGAUUUCAAGUUUACACGCACUUGUGCUACUACAUUGGCCUAAAUGUGCCGAAAACAUUUUAUUUUUAAAUAGAUACCUUCAUAAAGACUCUAAGGAUGGGUGGUGGUAACAAACAAAAUCAAAGAACGAAAGGAAAUGUUAAGCCUUCAAGCAGCAGUAGAGCUGCAGAAAUGCUUGUUCAAGAUGGGAAAACUGGAUUCAUUGGCUUUGGUACACUUUCUGAAACUGCAGGAAAUUCUUUUGGAUAUGUUCCUAAGAGCAUUAUUGGUAAUGAAGAAGAUGAGCAUGAUAUUGACCCAGAAUUGAGAAUGUUGAUGAGAAAGAUGUCUAAAAAGGAUACCAUCACAAGGCUUAAGGCAGUACAAGAGUUCUCACAGAUGUGCUUAGAAAAGCCAACUGAAGAGGUAGUCAAGGUUCUGGCUUUUUGGCCAAAGAUUUACAACAAGCUGUCAGAGGACUAUGAUCACAGGGUACGAGAAGCAACACAGAUGGCGCACCUUGAGAUAGUCUCCAGAGUUGGGCGAAAGCUAGCACCUCAGCUGAAGAGAAUUAUGUCAAGCUGGUUAAAGUCCCAGUUUGAUCAGUUCCCCCCAGCUGCAAGUGCUGCUAGAAAGGCUUUCAAUGUCACAUUUCCAGAAAAUAAGAAAAGAGAUGCAAUUUCCUUUUGCAAGCAAGAUUUGUUAUUGAAUAUUUAUGACAUUCUGAUUAAGCAAACAAAGGAUACAGUUAGUGACCCAAAAUUGGUCCCAGAAGAAGAGAGAGAAGCAAAGUACAACAGGCUUGUAUCGUCAACUCUCCUUUCAACGGCGUUUAUUAUGGAGUCCUUAUCAAAAGAAGACACAGGCCAGAUAGCAGAGCAUUAUCAAAACAUCUUCCAAGAGAAAAAGUUUUGGAAAUUCUCAAAACACGCUUCAUCAAUGAUCAGGAGCGCUUUCUUCACAACAAUAUCAUCGGCUUGUCAGUUCAACACUGAAAUUCUUGAAGGCUACAGUUCAGUUGUAUGUCCAACUGUUAUGUCAUGUCUGGGCGAGUCAGAUCCGACUGUUAUUGGACCAUAUUGGGAAUCGCUACUACACGUAGUUAGUGCCUUUGAGGACUGUUGGAUGCACGUAAAUGCCAGGAAAGCAAUACUCCCUAAGCUUUGGAUGGUUCUACGAAACGGUGGAUUCGGAAACGCUUCUACAAUCUUUCACAAUGUUCUGCCUUUUCUAAGCAAAAUUCCACAAUCAGUUAUCGGUGAAGGGCCCGGCUUCGCAAAAGAGUUUUUCACAAAUAUGAAGGAAGGUCUUUUUAGUGAAAGAGUGACAGCGACCCACUCUGAAAGCAUUGCAGUUAUGACUGCUUACAUGGAAUGUCUUCGUUACAUGUUGUUUAGCUGUGCGGACAAAGAAGAUGCAGAAAACGAGGAUAAAAGAGAAACCAUCGAAUAUCUUAUAAAUAAUGAGAUUAAAGUGUUGCUGGAAAACUUCUUGGAGGACAAGAAAUUUCAUUGGAAAAGAACUUUCAUCUCUGCUUUGAAGGACAUGAUCCUAUAUCUCGAAAGCAAAGACUCUCGGGGAACUGCGGGUUAUUGUUUACAAGAUAUGUUAACAAUGAUCCGCAAACUCAUACGCGAUUCUACACUAGCAGCAAUCAACUUUGAACAUGCCGCUGACGGAAGUUUGUCUUUAAAAAAGAAAUUUAAGAAUCUAGAAGAGAUGAUCAAGAUUAUUGUUUUUGAUAUAAAGCCUUUGAAGAAAGAGCAAAAAAAGCAAGUUUUGUUUACCGCAGAAAGUGUCGUUGAUUCCAAAACUGGUGCAGAUGGCAGUAGUUUUGAAAGAAAUGGAAGAUCAUCCGAGGAAGUAAAAUUUAUGCAGAAUCAAAGUGAUUCUAAAGAUACUUAUAGAAAUGUAUCUUUAUCAGAAUGGGAGAAAUUGGUUUUGAAAGAUAUAUGUUUUAAUUGCAUUGAACUUUUAUUCAGAAGGAAAAAUUUGUUGUACCUUGAAAUUUUAAGUGAAAUUAUAAGUUGUGUGGAAGGGAAAAAUGACUUUGAAAAUAUGCUUACACAUAUAAUGACCGCAAAGUAUUCAUUAUUAGAAGAAAGUCAACGCCAGGAAAAUAUUAGGAAUUAUAGUGAUACAAAUGAAUUGGAUAGGUUAGGUGAUGGAUUUAUCGAGAAAGUAUUGCUGCCAGUUAUGGAUGAAGGAUUCUCAUUACAAGAUUCGUAUUGGAGCUCAACAGAUUGUCAAGUUGCAGUUAUUGAUUUGUUGUGCCGGCUAGUGGUACUGUUGGAAGGAGAUUCAAAGCAGAAAUGUCUAAUGAAAGUUAUCAAAAUCUCUUCAAAACCCUUCAUGUUUUGCAAACUUGUUGAAAAGGUUCUCGAUACGGAAGACAUUGAUGUUGUGCGACUAUGCUUCAAAAGAGGUGAAAUCUGGCCAAAACUCAUUAACUUCCUUUCUUCGUACUUUGAUGGAACAGAAGGCAAAACUGGCGGCUCUUCAUCUCUCAAUGAAAUCUUCUCCUGUUUACAGUUAUGCCUCUUUUUUAGAGAAGGGACACUCUGUCAGCCUGAGGAAACUGAUUGCCUGUUUGACAUUUUCAAAACGUUUUUGAUAUCAUACACCAUUGAGACAACAGCUGUCACAAGUAACAAAAUACUGUGUUUGUUGGGAAAGUUUUUUGAAAAUGCCAAUCCGUCCCAGGAAGUGCCAAAGGGGACUGUGGAUUUGCUGGUAGCUUCGUUUCAAUUUCUUGUUAACGUCGGCGACAGUGAUGCAAAGGCAGUUGCAGAGAAAACGGUCAAAGCUGGAAUUUUUUCACUUUUACAUUCAUCAAAUUUUACUAAUCAAGCGAGUCUUGAGAGUUUUCUUCAAAAGACACUUCAAAAGACAGCGUAUUGGGCUCAAACAACGUUUAAAAACACAGUUGACAGACAAAAACUAAAAGGGCUAGCUGGUUGUUGUGGCACUAUCGUGAACUACUUGCAUUCGGAGAACCACCCGUCAUCAACAACUUACUGCGUGCAAACCUUCCUUACACAGCUCGUUGGUGGUUUGAGGAGACCAGUCGAUACUCAAAGCGUAUACUUAAAGGCAAAUGUGUUUGAAGCAGUCUUGUUAGGACAGCUAAGCAUCGAUAAUUUGCCAAAGAAUCAAGUGCCUGAUUGCAUAGAUGAUGGAACAAACCUCAGCUCAGCAUCAUUUGCUGUUUCUCUCAUAAGCCACUUGGAGAGGCUGGAUUCUCAGCAAACAUUGCUACUGACGGCCAUAUUGGAUUCCUUAAACGUUCUUUGCACAGUAGACGGAGAGAGAAAGUCUAAAGAGGUAGAUGAAGAGUCAAUACUAACAUUGGACUCAGUCUAUUGUGAUAUCAAAGAGUUGAUGACUAAAGAAAUAUUUCCUGUAAAGGACCUGGUCAACUAUGCACUGUCGAGGUCUCUUGAAAAUGGUGGAAUCGAUGCCCUUGCUUUGGAAAGACUUUUAAGUCUACUACCACAAGCCUACGUGUUUGAUAACCCAAUAAGUGACUUGCUAGGCCAAGCAGUGUCCAGAUGUGAUAAUGGGUCUAGCUCGGUUGAUGGGCUGAAAAUUGUGCUUGCCAAUGUGGAUGACUUGUCAAUUGCAAGAGCCAUGGUGGAGCAGUAUGUUGAUCAGCUUGGAAAUGCAGCCAGUGAUUGCACUCUUGGGUUCAAUCGGUGCAUUGACCUGUGCAUCACCACUCUUGUCCAUUGGCAAAAUAUGCUGCAAAGAACGAAAGACAUGUCAAAUGACUUUGGCGAUGUUAUUGCAUCUGUUGUCACAGCCUUGGUUGAAUGGAGAGACAAUUCGAACGAUGCGCUGCUUUUCUCUGCCGAUUUGCAUGAUGCUACAAACGAGCAACUGGCUUUGAAUGUCAAUUUGAUGAGGCUGCUCAGUUUUAUUUUGGAUUGCGGUGGAGCAAAAAGCCUCGCUGUGAAUCACUGGGAUUUUAUCCUUUGUGGCCUCGCUUCUUGGAUACAGACUUGUGAAGACAAUGCAGACACAAUGACGGAAUCCUCCCGCUUCUCAAUAUUUUCAUUUUGGGCCUUCAACCUUUGCUCAUCUGUAAGCAGGGCUUUCGAAGUAGCAAUCGGAACAGACGGUAACGCUGAGACCCCUACAUUGAUAUCAAAGACUUCUUGGACCAUUGACGCUGAAUGGAGUGAGAAACAUCAAGGGCGGUUGGUGGAAGACGAUUUAUUGACGGAAUGGCAAGAAUUCUUUACACCAGCGAUAUUUAAAGGAGUUUACUGUUUAUAUCAACAUUUUUCAGCCAAAUCUUCAACCACAAGCAGCGAAGUGCCGCCGUAUCUCCUGAACGCUGUGUGCAAUGCGUUAAUUCGGAUGCCAUCCACGUUGCUUGUUGAUAUUCUUCUCGACACUAAAACUGUGGAAGAAAAGCUUCGCCAAGGCAGUGAUUUAAACCCUUCGCAACCUGAAGGACGAUCGUUGAAUGACUCUCAAGCAGAAGUAAUCAAUAAAAUGUUUUGCAUGUUUAUCGAUCAACUCAAAUCUGAGGUUUGCUGCCUGCAGGUUACUGCUUAUGCCCUCCUUUGCAAGCUAAUGCUAGUUGCGCGAUCAGCUGUGCUUUCAAUGACAAGUGAAUCUAUGGAAGAGGACGAAUACGAGGCUGUUCGCUGUAUUCCUGAUAAACAGCAUGAAGUGUUGGUAUUUUGCCAAGAGAGGCUGCUGGAAUACAUAGACGAUACAGCACUGGGUUUUGGAUCAUACGUAAUAGAGUCACCUCAAAGGACACUUUCACAUUGCUAUUUAGCAUUUCUGUUAUCUUGGCAAAUUACCCUCACUCAAUUUCGAGAUGCUGAGCCUGACAAAAGAGCUGGGUAUGCGAAUUUCUUCCGCCAACGAAACAUGACUGGUCCGUUGCUGAAGAUUCUAUACAGUAUCCUCCCUCAUGACAAAGGAAAUCUGUUGAAUGCAGAGCCAGUCUUUAUCGAAGGUGGUGAAUUGACUCUACACAAUUUGAGACAGUGCGCAUUUCAUGUCUACUUGUCAGCUCUUGAGUGCAUACCUGCAGUGAUUAGGUCCUGGUGCAACAACAACCUUGACAAGAAAAGUGCUAUCAUAUUGGAAAGAUUCACAACCGCUUUCGCAUCACCCAUACUCUGCAGUCGUGAAAUCGAACAGGUUUCUAAGUCUUCCAAAACAUUUACCAACAUGGCAAUUAAGACGAGGCCAGCUGCAAGAGAGGUUGUCGCGUUGUAUACAGUAGAGGAGAUUUCCAUGGAAUUGGUUGUGAAGAUGUCUCAGAGUCACCCAUUAGGAACUGUUGCUGUUGACUGUGGAAAAAGAGUAGGAGUGUCUAGUGCGCAGUGGAGACAGUGGAUGCUGCAACUUACAAUGUUUCUUACCCAGCAAAAUGGAACGAUUGUCGAUGGCCUGUCCUUGUGGAAGAGAAACGUUGAUAAGAAGUUUGAAGGCGUAGAAGAAUGUAUGAUUUGUUUCUCUGUUGUUCACGGAACAAACUACCAGCUACCAACAAUCACAUGUCGAGUCUGUAAAAAGAAAUACCAUUCCGCCUGUCUGUAUAAAUGGUUCAGCACAAGCAACAAGUCUACUUGUCCACUCUGUAGAAAUUCUUUCUAAUAUCUCUCGAAAAGACGUAAGAAGCUGAACUGCCACAAAGUUAUAUGCUGAUGCUCAACAGAGAUCGACAAUGCACGAGUCAGCUUGUGCACCAAAGUACGUGGACAUUUAGAAAAUUGUAAACAACACAAAACAAACGACAAUCGUAUCUAUAAAAUCGUAUAUUAUAACUAUAAUUUUACCUAUGCGAGUACCCAUCUUAUAUAAUGAAACAUACUUGUGUUCUACUUGUUUCUCAGUCAUUACGUCAUUUGACAAAAAUUGACAACCAGAGAGU